AUGACGUCUCAGAUCGCUCUAUCAACCCGGCUGUGGCAGUGGCUUUUGUUCUCGCCGGGGCCAUUCUACUUCUAUCCCUGGAAGUCGCUCGCGAAUCAUGUGGCUGGGGACUCCUAUGCCGUUGGCUACCGUCACUUCGCUGCAGGACACUACGGCCGUAUUAACCUGGCGCUCCACUGCGUGGCACUGUUCAUUCAAACUUUUGGGAACUUCGGUCUACUGCGACAUCUUGAUGUGUUGCUGCCGGUGUCUUUCGCCAAACUUGGGAUCUUUAGCUCUGGAUCAGUAGCAGCUUGGCUCGCCUGCCUUUGCUGGUCCCCAGCUCCCUUACUGGCCCGGCUCGCGAGCUGUGCUUCCGUGGCCUUCGCCUUCCGCUUUUCGCCCUUGGCCACGGUGGAGCGCUUUGAGGCCGCAGCUCCCGGAGCGAUGGUCCUGGCCCUCACCUGGGCACAGGCGACGGCCAGGAGGCGAAUCCAUAGGAAGGCCUAUGAAAGGGGGCUGCUGCUGAUGGCUGGAUGGUAUGCGGCCUGGGCGCUCCUAAGGCGACUCUGUGGCAAGAAGCUGCAAGACCAAAAGCUCCAGAUCCGUUGUGCUGUGCUGGGCUUCCUCAGCUUCCUGGCGCUCCGGAAGAACCCCUUGAAACCUGUGGUGGUUCUGGGCUCCUUGGUGUGUCGAUUGGCUUCCACACUCACCGAUGACCCAGUCCUUUACUACCUGAGCUAUGCCUUCACCGGGUCCCUCUUCCAGGGCAUCGCCCAUGGCCUCACAGCUGAAGAAGCAACUCUGGAAGCCCUGGAACGACAAAGCGAGGCGGCCAAAUUGCGCUACGAGUGGUCUCAUGUUACCUUCUUCCCAGCAUUGCUCUUCCACACCGUGCAAGCAGCGACCGCCAGAAACUUUAAGGUUCGGGCUUAA